GGAAAAAAAGAAGACGCUUCUAUAUAAAUGAUAACAAAGUAUAAUUAGGGUUUAGAGCUUAGAGUCGAGAGAGCUUAGCCACUCUAGUGUUAACCCUAGAACCAGGAACCAGAAGAAGAAGAAGUUUCGACUCACUCGACAAUGGCGGUCGGGAAGAACAAGAGGAUUUCAAAGGGAAAGAAGGGAGGAAAGAAGACUGUUGAUCCAUUUGCAAAGAAGGAUUGGUAUGAUAUCAAAGCACCAUCGCUCUUCUCUGUUAGGAAUAUUGGGAAAACCCUAGUCAGUAAAACUCAGGGAACUAAGAUUGCUUCUGAAGGACUCAAGCACCGAGUGUUUGAGAUUUCAUUGGCUGAUCUUCAAGCCGAUGAGGAUCAAUCAUACAAGAAGUUCAGACUUCGAGUUGAGGAUGUUCAAGGAAAAAAUGUUCUUACAAAUUUCUGGGGAAUGGAUUUUACCACAGACAAGUUGAGAUCUCUUGUAAGAAAGUGGCAGACAUUGAUUGAAGCCCAUGUUGAUGUCAAGACAACAGACAACUUUACCUUGAGGAUGUUCUGUAUUGGAUUCACCAAGAGGAGAGAGAAACAGGUCAAGAGAACCUGUUAUGCUCAAUCUAGCCAGAUCCGACAGAUUCGUCGCAAGAUGGUUGAAAUCAUGGUAAACCAGGCCUCCUCGUGUGAUCUUAAAGAGUUGGUGGCAAAAUUCAUUCCUGAAAUGAUUGGAAAGGAGAUUGAGAAGGCUACAUCAAGCAUUUAUCCAUUGCAGAAUGUGUUUAUUAGGAAGGUCAAGAUCUUGAAGGCUCCAAAGUUUGAUCUUGGAAAGUUGAUGGAGGUUCAUGGUGACUACUCUGAGGAUGUUGGUGUGAAGGUUGAUAGGCCUGCUGAGGAAACAGUACCAGAGGCUGAAACUGAAGUUGUUGGAGCUUAGGUUCAUGGUAUAACUACUCCAAAGAUGUGUGCAGGUAGAUAAGCUGGCUGAGUAAACAGUACCAGAGGUUGAAACUGCAGUUGUUGGAGCUUAGAUUAGAUGAGGGAUUAGUGUUACUUAUAUGGUCUCCGUUGUUAAAUUUUCUCGAGAGCAAUGCAUGUCCUACAAAUUCACGACAACCUCUAGUUAAAGCACUCAUUUUGGUUCAUUUAUGAGGAUGCACUUCUUAUUUUUGACUUUGAAAUGUUUGUAAGUUUCUUUUGUCUGGAACUAUACAUUUUCUAUAUGCUUCUCAGAAACAUUUCCACUGUCCA